CUCGACACACUGGACACAUCAUCUCACGCUCUGGGAAUGGGAACUUUACUGGGUUCGAAGAAAAACUUUCAAUUCUUUCGCAUUUACGCGCUACAGAGGCUACUUUUCAAAUUGCAGGGAUAGUUGUUACUGCAGGUACAGAGUGACAGAAACCAGGGCCACGGGCCAAUUACUUCCAAGACGCACCAGAAGUUGUAAGGGAGACGCAAGGAAUCACUUUCACACCAAGAAGUGAGCUGUGCGACGUUGACGACUAAGAGAUUCUUGUAAUUUCAGGUCAAAGUAACUUCAUCCAAGGCGUGCGUAAAACAUUUGUGCGUGAAGUUGGAUAGUUAGUUGCAGUGGGGCAGCUUAUGCAAGUACGAAUAAAAGACAACAGGUUUGUUAACUUUUAAGCCUGUGAUAGUAUUAAUACGUCGACAGCCAUGGCAAGAUGGUUCAGAGAUUUCCCCAUCAACCUAAAGAACGGAAAUGAACGGGUCCGCUCGGCCUCUGAAUCUGGUCCCCAAACUCGCACCAAACCCUCGUUUUCUCGUGACAGCCUGAAAGGAAAUCAGCGCAAAGAUGGGGGAAUGGGGGGUUUACUGGCAGGGAGAAAUAGGAAAAAUUCGGCUACGGAAUUGGGUCGUAACAACGCUGGUUUUGGUGGGACAGUCUGGGAUACUCUCUCUCCUGGAAAAGGUCGCAAAAACUCCAAGGUCGAGACAGGGACUUCAGAUGAGAACCGUCAGGUUAGGACCUCUAGUUUGGCGCAAGCGUACAUCAGCAGGAUGAUCAAGGUGGAUAAACAAGACAAGACCCCCAAACUCAACGGGAUAAGUGAACAGAAGCAGCCCGAGGACGAAAAAGCAAGGUCUGACAUUAAAGCAACGCUGAUUAUCCUGGAGGACUACGCAGAUCCUUUUGAUGCCGAGAAAACCAAAGAGCAGAGGGAGGCUGAGAGAGCAGGAGUCAAUGAUGGGUACAUGGAGCCUUAUGACGCACAGGUCAUCAUCACAGAGGUUCGUAGACGUGGCUCCAAAGACCUCCUGAAAGUGUGUGUUCUGCUGGACCGAGGCAAGAGGGAGGGGAAGGGGGACAAGGGAAAACCCACGCCCCCGAACAUCUACGACACACCGUAUGAGGGCGGACUGGAGGGCGACAGUGGGGGGGUGUGGAUCCCUGUCACACGGCCAGAGUCUGACGUCCGUCCCGCUGGAGAGUACGAGCUGCCCUGGGAGUGGAGAAAGGAGGACAUUGUCAGAGCGCUGUCAGCUCAGUUCGAGGCAGUGGAUUGUUCUCCCACUAAAGAGAACGGUUCAACCUCCACCCGCCAGCAGCAGCAGCAGCAACAGCAACAAACCCUGAGGCAGAAGAACUGGAACCAGAAAAUACUCGUACCAUCUUCUCCAUCCUCCUCCUCUUCUUCUCCCUCCUUUCCCUCCUCUCCUAUUCUCAAACUCUCCCCUCUCACGCCCCCAUCUCCCUCUUUCCCCACCCUAAAACUCUCACCCUCUUCUAGUCCUAUCAAACUCUCCCCUCCGUCUCCUACCUUCUCCAGUGCCCCACUGGAUGGGGAGGCAGCCAAAGUGGACCCCAGCCUGUCUCUGGAGAAGCAGAGCUGGUACCAUGGCAGUGUGAGCCGGCAACAGGCGGAGGCUCAGCUGCAGCGCUGCAGGGAAGCCAGCUUCCUGGUGAGGGACAGCGAAUCAGGGACCAGCAAGUACUCCAUCGCUCUGAAGACCAGUCAGAGUUGUGUGCACAUCAUCGUGGCCCAGACGAAGAGCGUUAAGGGUUUGGGCUUCACACUGGAUCAGAGUAGCUGUGUGUUCUCCAGCAUCCCUGAGCUGGUCCACCACUACUGCACGCACAGACUUCCAUUCACUGGAGCGGAGCACAUGACCCUGCAGCAUCCUGUGGCCCGGCCGCACUGAACAUACGUAGAGGAUGAACAAACACGCUGGGACAUAAAUACACAUGAGCAUACAUGUAUUACAAAUGUAGUCACAAAUGCACACAGACAUGCACAUUAACUUGUCAAUACAUGUGCGCACAGACAUCAUUCAAAGACAUGCUGCUUAGGAUCAUCCUGCGUACUGCCUUGUUAACUUCAUAUGUUUGUAUCUCUUAAAUGUGCUACAAUGAUCAAAGCCAUACAUUACAAUAACCAUUGAUCACAUUGUUAUAGUAGUAUUUGUUUUCCAGUCUAAACUGAAUGUAUUUAUAGUUACAGGAAAACCUUCCCUUCUUCCACAGCCUGGUGUAUUUGUUCACGCUAUUGUCUUGUCCAUCUGCCCUACAGGCAUGAUACCGUUUUAGCAAUGCAGUAUCAUUGAUUUCUAUAAACCGUGAAACAAUGCACAUGAAGCCCCGCAUUUACUGUAACCAAUCACAUAUUUGAUUUUUAGUGGAGAGGUUUGUAAUCUCCCCCACUAUACAGAGGGGCUGACAUCAUGAAUAAGCUCCAUGCCAACCAGUUAGCCUUGGUCUGUGAGGUCAAUACACCUGAUUGAAGUAUAUUCAUUCAUCCAUCUGACAUGUCAAUCAGUCUAUUGAUGUCUCCUGAAAAUCAGGCUCAUUUGCCAUCCUCUGUCUGUUAAGAGAAAGAGCUUUAUUGAUUUGGCGAGUAGAACUGGUGAAGACGGAGGGGUCCUAUAACAUUACAGUACCCAGUUGGAAAAAUUGUUUGAAUGUGUGUUAGUGUGAAAAAUAAAUAUGUGAAUAUCAUGUCCAUUCAUGUGCCUUCACUGUUAUCUAAAUGAGGCUGUGAUGAUUACUUUAUUGUGAAUUAAUUAAAAAUGUUACCCUGAAAUGUAUCUACUGCAUACAUGAUGUGUCUAUAAUGUGAUCGUUGGAUAUGGUCAAUUUUUUUUUUACUGCACAAUGAUGUGUGUUGUAUAUUAUUGUUGUAAGACUUUUAUUCAGUAAAGAAAAUAAAUUCAU